GAACUACGACGAAGAAGAGACGAAACUGUAUCGAACGAGCUCAGAAGCAUCUGCUAUGAGACCUGCAGGAAGAGCUCAGCGAUCACGAUAGUAUAUAAGCAAAAUAUCUUAAAAAGGAUUAUAAUGUCUUAAUACAUUUUAAAACGGCUCAUGUCAGUAGGUGUCCGGUGAGCUGCCUGUAAGAUGUCUGUGGUGUUGUUUGCGUCUGUGGUGAGAGUGAGGGACGGUCUACCGCUUUCAGCCUCCACAGACUAUGAACAGGAUAAAGGAUUUCAGGAGACGAAGAAACAUCUCAAGGGUCUGUCCAAAAAACUCAGCCAGUUUCCUGAUCGCUGCUCACUCAGAUCUGGCCUUUAUAACAUCAAUUUCACAAGCUCUCUUGGAGUCGGGUACUUGAUGGUUUGCACAGAAAGCUAUCCCAAUGUCCUGGCCUUCAGCUUCCUGGAUGAGCUUCAGAGAGAGUUCAUCGUCACAUAUGACACCAAGAGGAUCAACAGUGCUUUGAGGCCUUUCUCUUUCAUUGAGUUUGAUAACUUCAUUCGGAAAACCAAGCAACGUUACAACAGCCCACGUUCCCUCUCCACCAAGAUUAAUCUGGCCGACAUGCAGACUGAGUUCAAGCUCCGGCCUCCUUAUCAGCUGUCCGCGGAGGACAUUGGAACAAUCAACGGCUUCUCACAACACAAGCAGUCUAAAUAUAAAGGCAUAGCUCCUAAUCAAAUGUUGGAGGCUGUCACCCUGUCGGGUAUCGUCGCCUGCGUCCUAAGUGUCCUGUGCGGUGCUCUUAAUUUGCUGCGGGGAGUCCACGCAAUAGAAAGUGUAUUGCAGAACGAGGAUGAAGACUUUAAUUACGUAAUUGCUUUUUUCCUCGGAAACGCGGCCUGUUUGUAUCAGUGUUACUUGUUCGCCUACUUCUCAGUUUGGAGGAACAUCAAGUCAUUCCUGGCCUUUGCUAUGAUCUGCCUGUGUAACAUGUAUCUGUAUGAACUCCGUAACAUGUGGCAGAUCCUUUUUCACGUGACGGUGGGAGCGUUCAUCACUCUGCAGAUCCACCUGAGACAACCGCAGGGCAAAUCACCUGACUACAACGUUUGACCCCCUUGAACACUUUCAAGACUACGUAAUGUAGCCCAACAUGGCAACCCCAACCUGUUCCCACCACAUCUAAGGACAAAAGAACUAUGGAUUGUGAAGCAGGUUUUACAAAAUAUUUUGAUAUUGUUCAAGAAACACUUCCUGCUGUUUCACAUCCAGUUGAGGUCACAGAUGAGAAACUGGUGUUCUUGUUUAUGCAACAAGAGUAUUAGGUUCAUGCAUGAAAUAUUGAAGGACGCAUUAGCAGAUGAAUCAGAUGUGCACAGUUAAUAUAUUUUCCAAUAGGGAGAAGUUGUAGUUAUUUUUUGUUUAAUUGACAUCAGGGCUUAAAGGGACAGCUCACCCAGAAAUAAAAAUUCAUUUCUUGAACAAUGGCUUGAACAUGGCUUUCCAGUGAACAUGGAUGGUGAACAGGGUCUAUCGAGGAUUAAAAUAAUAAUAAUAAUAAUAAUAAAUUCAGAUAAAAGCUUCUACCUAAAAUAUAUGAAAUUUUUUUUUUUUUUUAUAUUUACAUACAGAUGUCUUUUUUAUAUAGCAAAACACUGAUUCAAUACCAAAUCAGCAUUUAUUUAUUUUUUGUAAUUUGCAAUGCUUCGUGUACAUUUGUCUUUUUGUCUUGUUUUCAAAUAGUUUUUUGCUUAAAAUGAAAGUUUUUAAUGAUUAAAUUCACUGUAUAACUGAUUAGUUUGGUUCAUAGUGUAUAACUCUUAAAUUAUGAUUUUAAAAAAAUCCAUAUGGCAAAAAUGAACGAAAUUAAUUGAAAAAUACUUUUGGAAAAAU